AUGUGGCGUUGUGACGAGAGCCAGAAAUACAACUUCACCUGCGGCAUCUUAGGCGAACCUUCGACUUGCGGCGAUCCGAAAGACUAUUACAUCUGGGAUGAGUCCGAUUUGACGAAUAUCACGACGCCUCAGCUGGGCCUUUCAGUCUUAGCAUCCGAAUCAAAUAAUACGUCAACUUCGUCAAGCAAUAAGAAUGCUUUGGGGAUUGGAUUGGGGGUUGGCCUUGGUGUGCCUUUGGUUUUUGCAGGUGCUGCUCUGGUUUGGCUCUAUUGCAGGAUUCGGAAUUUGCAGGAUAGAUUCAAGUUGUUGCAGGAGCAGCAACGCUUGGGGACACCUACGUCGAACUUGAAGUUCCAGGCCAUGACGGAGCUUGAUACGGGUGGGGUUUCGGGUUCUUCGGAGUUGCAGUCGAAUCCGAGAUCAGAGUUGCCUUCAUAA